UUUUGCAUGUUUGAACUAUUAUUGUUGUUAUUGUUGCUAUUAACUUUUAUUGUACUAUUCGACGUGUGGUAUCUGGUUUUGGAGAGCGUAACUGAAUUUAACUGCCGCUGAAGUGCAUUGGCAAAAACAGUCGGUUCAUGGUUAUUGCGCCAAGCUGACGUACUACUGACCAAUACGCUGCACAACGCUCCAAGUAAACGCUACAAAUAAACGCUGUUGGUAAAUACCGAAGGUGCCGGGGUGAAGUAAUGAAAGUGAAUGUGUUUUUGGCUAAAAGGACUCGCCAGUGUUGUGAACUAAACCAUAAAAAAACGAAAAAAAAUUUGCGCGAAAGUGUUUAGUAAACCAUUUAAAGUGAAGAAAUUGUGAAGAACUAAUAUUGCAGAGUCAUCUCUGAGAGGAACGCAAAUAGCCAAUACAUAAAUUAAGCUGUCAUGUGGUAGACCAAAAACAGACUCAAAAAAUGUGGUGAAAACAUCUCUAUAAUAAAGCAUAACAUUUUAAAUAUAUAUAAAACGAAAGGUCACUUCAGUUGGUUAAACGGCCAUAGCGUAUUAUUUAUCGCAAUAAAAAACACCCUGCUGUCAUACAUUCUGUCACUAGUGCCAUAAACUAAAUUGCGGCUGUCAUAUAAAAAGCGAUUUGUCAAGUGUACCGCAGUAAACGAAUAGUGAUCGAGUGCUUUGGCAGUAAAAUGGGGCGCGCGCGCAGUAGUUUCUUAGUAACAGUACUAUUCAUAGCGGGAAAUUUGCUUUUUUGCGGUAUAAGGCAUGCGCACUCACUUGCGGUUCGAUCGAAUUUGAAAAUUGUCAAGCAAUGGAAAUUAUUCUCAUACGAAUUUCCCCCCCACGCGCCUGUCUCCGAUCCCGACUACUACAACCCGACGAAUAUAGUGCCAACAAGCAUGACAGUGGCGUAUGACCGGAUAUUCAUCGCCACGCCCAAGCUAUUUGCUGGCGUACCAACAACUGUGGGCUACGUGUCGAAGUCGGACUUCAACGAGUCGCCGCGUUUGAAUUCAUACCCCGACUGGUCGUACACAGUCAGUGGUCGCAAGUCUUUCAACUGCAGCGAUUCAUAUUUGGUUUCGGUAUAUCGCAUGCGUAUCGAUUCUUGCAACCGCUUGUGGAUCUUAGAUGCUGCCGUGUCGCGCACCUUUGAAGACUCCGAACAAACUUGUCAACCGAAAAUAUUGGUAUUCGAUUUGAAUACAGAUCAAGUGGUGAGGCGUAUCGAUAUUCCGAAAGACGUUUUGCGGAAUCAAUCGAUACUUGUUAAUUUGAUUGUAGAUGAAACCACUUCUACAUCUGGUACAUGCGAUGAUGUCUUUGUUUAUAUAGCGGAUACGGUGAAACCGGCCAUUAUUGUAUACGAUAGUGCACGUGAUAUGAUGUGGCGUCUCUCACAUCCCGCUAUGUGGCCCGACCCAGACUUGGGCUUAGUACAAGUAUUGAAUGAUAAAUUCUUCAUAAUGGACGGCAUUAUUGGUUUGGCUUUUGAUACAAUAAAUGGAAUAUUAUAUUUCCAGCCUUUGGCUACUGAUCGCAUCUUUUCCAUAACCAGAGACGCACUACGCGCUGGACCACGACGUCUACAUGACAUUUUACCCAUACGCUUUUUGGGCAAGAAAUCAUCCCAAGGUCUACCACUGUACUUAGCACCUCAAGAUGGUAGUCUUCUCUUUAGUCCAGUCACCGAGACCGCCAUCGUCAGUUGGCAUCCACAAACAAAUAAACAAUCUGUGCUCUUCUACGAUGUGGAGGCACUACAAUUCGUUGCAGACAUUAGUGAGUCGCCAUGGGAAAGUGGCGUCGUAUAUGCCAUGUCAUCGAAAUUCAAUCGUUUCACAUCGGAAACGGUAAACAGAGAUGAGAUCAACUUUCGUCUUAUGCGUUUCAAGUAUCCCAGCAGAAGUGCAGUGUCUUCGCAGCGAUUAUUCACGCCAUCAGCGCCGUUCAAGAGUGAUCUAUACACGAAUGGUAAUGAUACCAUUUACACGAGAGCCGAAGAAAGAUCAUCGUCAGCAACGUACUUGCCGUAUAGUUUGGAUCCAAAUACCAAAUACUUCCAGCUGCCGAGCGCAAGAAGUAGUUUGCACACGUUUGCGGGUAAUGGUAUACCUGCAACGCCAGCAGCACACAUACUGCCAUUCGGUCGUGGUGGAUACAGUUAUAGUUUGGGUGUAAAUUGAGAAGAGCGUACGGAAAUUUUAUUGCGAAUUGUUAAUAAUAUACCAUUUAUUAUAUAGAAAAUAUACAUAUGUAC